ACGAAUCAAAUUAUAAGCACAUUCAAAAGUUGUCAGGAGAAAUAUAUAUAUAAAACUGUGUCUUUAGUAUUUUUAAGAAUAAAUGUAACUGUAAAUAUAAAAUACAGAUGCAAAAUUUACCAUAAGCUGAUUUUAUUUAUUUAUUUAUUUAUUUUUCUUUUUUGGUGCAAAAUAUCGAUUUAAGCUUGUUUUCUGUACUUAUGUUCUGUUAUAUUUUUGUACUGUAUUUUUGAUUUUAUUUUCCAAGCGUUAAAAUAUUGACCUGGAAAUGAUUUGAAGUUGAGGUUAUUCCUACCGGGAGAUGUCGUCAGAAACGAACAAAUGAAAAUUCGGGACAUUUUCUCCAAAUUCGACCUGACGGGAACAGGAUUCAGCUCGAACUAGCAUGGAUGUUGAUGACUGCAAUGGCCCAUCCUACACAUCAGCUAGUAGAGACUCUUCCAUGGAAAAGGAGUUUUCUGGGGCCCUCGGAGGUCCAACCGUGAGCACCCCAAAUAGCAAAGAUAACUCUCCGACUCGCUCCCUCAGUGCCAACUCCAUCAAAAUAGAGCUGUACAGUGAUGACGAUCCUGAGGUUGAACGAGGAGAACGGUUAGAAGACAGAGGUACACGGCAAAGAUCUGAGUCUGGGGAAAGUUUUAGAGAACUUGCCAAUCCUGAAACGAUGCCCGCUGGAGCCACCAGACUGCCGAAUGGAAAGCUAAAAUGUGAUAUCUGUGGAAUGAUCUGCAUUGGGCCUAAUGUUCUUAUGGUGCACAAACGCAGCCACACAGGUGAGCGGCCGUUUCAGUGCAAUCAGUGUGGCGCCUCGUUCACCCAAAAGGGCAACCUGCUCCGUCACAUCAAGCUCCACUCCGGGGAGAAGCCCUUCAAAUGUCCCUUCUGCAGCUACGCCUGUCGAAGGAGGGACGCUCUCACUGGACACCUUCGCACUCAUGCAGUGUCGUCUCCAACUGUAGGAAAGCCGUUCAAAUGCAGUUAUUGUGGCCGCAGUUACAAGCAGCACAGCACGCUGGAGGAGCAUCGGGAGCGCUGCCAAAGCUACCUGCAAAGUCUGGAGUCCCAACUACCAAACAAUGCAUAUUCUUCUGGAGAGGAGAUGAGAGAGCUAGAGUUUAUACCAGACUCUUUACUGCAGUCCUCCUCAGACAAGAUGGUUUUUAUUGAUCGGCUUGCCAACGCCGUCACCAAACGCAAGAGGUCCACACCACAAAAAUUUGUAGGGCAAAAGCACAUCCGGCUCAACCCUGCAGAGUAUGAGCUUACUGCCGACCUGGAGAAAGACGGGGACAUGCACCUGGAUCACAUGCACGCCGCUGGCCUCGGAGGAGAGUACCCAGGUGUGGCAGGUAACGGAGGAGGCGGGGCAUCAGAGGCACUGAGGCCUCUGCACCUUCCAGCUGCUCACCACACAUGUCCCUCAGAGCUGCGACUCCCUCACAGCUCCAGUCACCCCCCCAUGGGUGUCGGUGCGAGGCUGGACCUCACAGGGACCGGAGGCGGGGUAGGACUAGUCGGUUUAGGAGGCCGGGAGGCCGCUGAAGGGCAUGAAGACCUCUCAGCUGGUCCCAGCCACGUCCCCUCACCUAGCAACGGUUGCCAGGAGUCGACGGACACAGAAAGCAUGCCGGAUGAGCUGUGCAACAGCAACGCCCCCAUUCCAUCCUUCCUCAGUAACAACGGACACCACCUCCUCCACGCCAGCAACCACAUCCCCAGACUUCCUCACAGGAGCCGGGACAGACACAGCCUGAGCAACGCCAGAGAGCGGGAUGUGAAAAACGAAGACGGCAAACCCGCUGGUCUGGUGCCGCCACCGCUGGCGGCGGCCCCCAGCUCUCCUGCAGCACACGCCGCCGCUCAGGCUUUACGGGUGGUAGACGGCGAAGGCCGCGUGGUGCGCUCCUUCCGCUGCGACCACUGCCGGCUGAUUUUCCUGGACCACGUCAUGUUUACGAUUCACAUGGGCUGUCACGGCUUCCGUCAACCCUUUGAGUGCAACAUCUGCGGCUACCGCAGCCAGGACCGCUACGAGUUCUCCUCGCACAUCGUCCGGGGAGAGCACGCCUUCCAAUGACGCUCGGCUUCACCAAGAACUUCACACUAAAACACGGACCUGGCUGGGUUUGGUCUGCACAGGAUCCUUAGAUUCCAAUCAAAAGUUCAAGGCGGCACGGCAACAUCAGACUAGAGGUUUCCUGUAAGAAUGAAACGCCAGCAGUCGCUCUCCUUAGUGCCUUGCUCGACAGUUCAGGAUACAAACCACAUGCAGACCAACCAUGUCCCCCGCACUUUAGCAGAUGACGAAAAUGCCAAAUGCUUUUUUUUUUGGCUUACUCAAAAUUUAUGUACAGAUUUUUAUGCCACACUUUUUUCUUAAAAAACAAUAACACAACUAAACACUAACACUUUUGAAACUCUUGAGCCGUACAGCCGUCUGUACAAUGCAGACCAAACGCCGAGCCAGGUCCGGUCGGUUGGACAGAAGGUUGCACUUGCAGAAUGCACUUUGGAUAAAACAGAUGUGUGUGUUUGUGUGUGUCUGUGCACGUGAGAACGAUUCUGGAAACGUGUUUUGUUUUUCCUUAAAUGAAGGUUAAUUAUCCGUGUUUUGAUUUUGUUGCUUUUGUUGCACUGAUACAUCCCAGAAUUAAUGAUAUUAAACUGUUUUAUAGAUACAUGAAAGAGUUGAACGUUUUUGGAAUGAGGACAGAAGCUCACAUUUCACUGCCACAAUGAACGCUUUUAUAUAUAUAUAUAUAUAUAUAAAGGAGAGAUUCUGUUGUUUUAUAUUUAUGCUCAAACAUAUUAAAUUCCAAACCAAAACCUAAACUCUAUCCUAUGUGUUGAUGGUACCUUUACAAGAGUUUGUUGUAACCUCAUUGUACUGUGCCUUCCUGGUUCUGCUGACCUGAAUCGACCCACCUUCACGUCUGCGAGUCUCUGUGUGAUCCUUCAGAUACAACCGAAUGCUAGCAGACGGCUAGCCGUCUAUUCUGGAGCUUUAGAUUCUAUUCAAAUGCAUUUGAUGCUUAAUAUGCAACCGAUCUUAACCUUGCUGCUGCACUGCAGUGUUUUACAGUGUCCUGCUGUUUCAUUAAAAAUGAUUUGCACCGAA